GACGAGAGUAAUUUCUCAGCACUAUAUUGGAGUUCGUGUCGAGGAUAUCCGGAUAUUUGUAAAGUGUUGAUCCACUAUGGUUGUAAUGUUAAUUUGAAAUAUAGAUGUGGGUUUACAUCUUUACAUACAGCAGCUGAUAGAGGACAUGUUGAUUGUGUUAAAGUGCUGAUAAAUGCAAAAGCUGAUGUAAACAUACAAAACGAUCGUGGUGAAACAGCCUUGCAUCUUUCAUGUUAUCGUGGAUUUGUUGAUAUUGUUCGAAUCUUAAUUUCUGCCAAUAUCAACCCAUUUCUUAAAAACUCUAAUAAUAAAACAGCAUUACAAGAAGCUCAUUCCCAACAGUAUAAUCAUAUUGCUGAUAUUCUGGUUCGCUAUCAA